CUUCCCUGUGUCUCUUAUCCAAAGGAGUCAUUAAAUGCACAUUGCCCACUACUCCUUUUGCGUGCUUUCAGUCUCCUGAAUUCGAUGGCGUCUGAUAGCAAGAGCAAUAACGCCACCACCCACCACAAACCCAUGUCUUCAAGACUCCACCAGCAACAACAAUUAGUGUCCACAAUGAUCAAGCAGGGCUUCAUCUCCGACCCCUUCCUCUCCCCCUCUCGCCUCACUCCUCUCUCUCCUACCCCUCACCACCACCACCACCACAGCCCUACCCUCUUCGAGAUCAUGUCGGCCGACCCAAAUCCCGCCCUCGAAGCCCGCAAGAAGCUCCAAGAAAGGGUCUCCGCCGCCCUCUCCCAGGCCCCCUUCAAUAUCUCCAACCAAUGGGGCCCUGCCGACGUCACCCUCACAGUAGCGGGCCGCGCGGAGCCCGAUGCGCCGCCCUUCCGGGUCACCCUCGAUGUCCACCUACGCGUCUUGGCCGCCAAAAGCCGCUUCUUUUCCGACAAACUUCGCCGGAGCGGGACCCACUCUGUCGAGAUUCUCGAGUGCGAUGACGUGGCCGUCUAUGUGGAGGCUGUCGUCCUCAUGUACUCUGCCGAAUUGAAGACCAAGCUCCUCGGCAUGGAGGUCUCCAAGAUCUUGGCCCUUUUGAAGAUAUGUUGUGCAAUUAUGUUUGAGGAUGGGAUUAGGGCAUGUUUGGAGUAUCUGGAAGCAGUGCCAUGGUCUGAGGGAGAAGAGGAGAGUGUUGUUUCGCAUCUAAAUCAACUCCAGAUUGAUUGUUCAAGAGCAGAAACUGUGCUACAGAGAGUGGUAGCCGACCCUUCAACAUCUUCAAGGCUGGAGAGUGUCUUCUUGAAAUUGUCAUUAGGUGUCUUGCAGGCCAAAGAUGAAAAGGCCCGUAGAGAAAUGAAAGGGUUUAUAUCUCGACUGCUAAAAGAAGAUGAUAAGGAUGGCCUUGAUAUCUCAAGAGAUGUAUUGUAUCAGCUUUGCCACAGGUGCCUAGGCUCUCUUGUUCUGUGCUUAUCUGGAACCACUGGCUUGGAUGAAAGCAGGCAAGACCGAGGAGCUAUAAUGGCUGAGAUUUCUCGAGAAGCUGAGAAUAUGCAGUGGAUUCUUGGCAUCCUUAUAGAGAGAAACUUGGGGGAAGAGUUUGUGGACUUAUGGGCUGACCAGAAGGAACUAGCACUUCUUCACUCCAAGAUACCUACUAUGUAUCGCCACGAAAUAAGCAAGAUCACUGCCCAACUCUGCAUUUCUAUUGGGAGAGGGCAGAUUCUAGUGCCUAAGGAGACUAGGUUUGCCUUGCUGUCGACUUGGUUGGAAGCUCUUUACGACGAUUUUGGUUGGAUGAGAAUAGGGGGGAAACCUGUUGAUAGGAAAUUGAUUGAGGAGGGGCUUAGUCAAACAAUUCUUACUCUACCACUGCCUCAACAACAAUCGGUUUUGGUUAAGUGGUUUGACAGGUUUCUUAACAAGGGCGACGAUUGUCCCAAUAUUCAGAGAGCGUUUGAAAUCUGGUGGAGAAGGGCUUUUGUGAAACAAUAUGCAAUUGAGUCGCAAUUGCAGCUAGCUGUCUGUGAUAUUCCAGACUGAUGGAUAGCAAAGAGAGAUUGGCUGAGAUCAGUCAUUAAAAGCGAGCUGUGAAAUAAUAGCCUCACUUUUGAGAGGCUAAGAAGUCUUGUGACUGUCUCUCAUACUUGAAAUUAGCCUUCUUGGAGUCAUCUGCAGACCAAAUGAAGAUCCCAUGAAGCUUCCCCUGCUUGCUCAGUUCGCUGCAGGCAUCGAAGAACCCAUUUUGAGGGGAUAGCCCGCCACUCCCGUCAGUCCCAAAACUCACCAGAACUUUGCCUCCUUUGUAGUUAGAGCUUUGUUCGUCGAAAUACUUUAGAAACUGAGAAACAGUGGUGCUCCUUGGAUAGGCGUAGAACUGGAAAUUCACGUAGUCGAUGAGAUGGCCGUACUUUUUCCACAGAGCUAGAUAGUACGGCUGGACAGAAUCAUCUUCAUACGGUGCUAUGGAGGUGAAGGAGACGAUCUUGUUCUGUUUCAGGUAGAAGAUAAGUUGCCCGAUACACUCGGCAAAUGUAUCAGGAUCUGAACCGAAGUGUUCGUAAUCUAUAUCGAUUCCAUCUAAACUGUAAGUUGUGACUAUCUCAGUUAUGGAAUGAAUUGCAUUUGCAACCCAGCUCUUGACUGAGUUAGGAUGAAAGUAGACUGGUUUGUUGUGGCCAAUGGUGUCACCUCCAAGGCUCAUGCCUACUCGAACAUUUGCAUGCUUAGCUUUGAUCGCAGACACCUGAGACGGGCUGAGGUUCUUCGUGUCCCAGUAGACUCGGAAAUCACCGUUCGUGGGAGUCGGGUGGGCUCCAUCCGUGUAGUCGAUGGCGAAGGAGAGGAGGAAGUGGAAGUCGAUGCUGGGGUUGAUCGGCACAUCUGUGAAUCUCACUUUGGUGUCCUCAGCUCCGAUGUAUUCUCGGAAGAGCUUCUCCGGCUGUGCUGCUCCGAUCGUCGGGAGAUUGAAGAACAGAGAGUGGAGAGGAAGAAAAAUGAAGAGAAGAGCAAAUUUACUUAACAUUUUUUUCUUCGAUUUUUGUGGUGUGUGUGUGGAUAUACAAAUAAGGCAUAUUUAUGCUAUGUGAAAUUGGAUUUUGGUGUGA